AUUCGAAUUUCGAUUCGUCUCUCUCUCUCACUCAGCUCAGCCAACAGUUUUCUUAAAAAUGCAAAUGUAGUAUUUUUGAACUGUUUUGAAGAAUAUGAAUUAAAAAUUUAGUAGACUGAAUCGUAAUUGAAUUAAAUUGAACAUAACUUUUACUGUGAAUGUAUUUUUCCUACGUCUACAGUAACAAUAAAAGUGCAUGACAUAAUUACGUCCUAAGUUCUUGUAGAUAGCAAAGUUCCAAGCUCCUCACAAACUGGGCAGUGCCAGUGGAGUGUAAUUGUUUUUUCAUACAUAAAUCGACAAAAUGGAACCAAAAAAGAGAGAGUAUGUAUCGGAUGAGCAGCUGAAGCAGUAUUUCCCCGAUUUACCCACGGGGAAGCUAGAUGACUACAGAAAAAAGGCCUCUUUUGAUUGGCGUCGUACGAAGUUAGUGUAUGAUGACCUAGAAUCCAUUGAUUUAAAGCAUAGAAUAUGGAAGUUUUUUGAAGAGACCCCAGUUUUCAAACAUGCAGACAAAUCUGUUUCACUCGAUGAAGAGAGGCACAUUGCUAUCAAACGCAUGUACUCUGUCCAAAAUGAGGCGUUCCUGCCAAUCGAUAAAUUGGUAAUGAACCCACAAUGCUACGAAGCUGAAACUGAGGCUAUGUUCAUGUAUGACAGCUCGAUGACCGUAAAACUGUCAUUGACUUUCCGUAUGUGCUCCAACGUUAUCCGUGGAAACGGCAGACCAGUUCACUCGCAAAUCCUAGACGAUCUGGAGUCCGGUGAGAUUGGUGGAUGCUUUGCGUUGACAGAGGUGGCUCAUGGGUCUAACGCUAAAGGGAUGAGGACUACAGCCACUUAUGUGCCGGAGAAAAAGCAGUUUGUGAUCCACACACCAGACUUCGAAGCAGCAAAGUUCUGGGUUGGUUGUUUAGGCAAAUGCGCGACCCACGCGAUUCUCUACGCGAUGUUAUACUCCAAGGGAAAGAACCACGGCCUCCACAUGUUUGUGGUGCCGAUCAGGGACCCGAAGACCUUGAAGCCUUAUCCUGGAGUGACUGUUGGGGACAUCGGAGAGAAGAUCGGGCUUAAUGGGAUUGACAAUGGGUUUGUGAUGUUCGACAACUACCACGUGUCCAAAGACGCGGCGUUGGACAAGCUGGGCGGCGUGGACGACGAUGGGAACUACAUGACGCCCUUCAAGGACCCCAACAAGAGGUUUGGGGCUUCCAUGGGUAUUCUGUCAGGUGGGCGAGUGCACAUCACGACGAUAUCCACCGCAUACCUUCAGAAGGCAAUAGUGAUUGCCACCAGAUACUCUGCUGUUCGAAGACAGUUCGGUCCUGAUGACAGCUCCGAAGAAAUGCCGGUGUUGGAGUAUCAGCAACAGCAAAUAAGACUUCUGCCAUACUUGGCAUCCACGUACGCGAUGCGUAUAUUCUGCAACUGGUUCAGCGAGGCGCAUGUCACCAUGGUCAUCAACGGGUAUGCUGGCGCAGACGACAACGCGGCCAACCGCGGCGUGGAGAUGCACGCGCUAUCGUCGGCGGUGAAGCCGGUGUUCGGGUGGGCCGCACGCGAUGGCAUCCAGAACUGCCGCGAGUGCUGCGGCGGGCACGGAUACUUGAAAGCCGCGGGCAUCGGCGACCUUCGCAACGAUAACGACGCGAACUGCACUUACGAGGGCGAGAACAGUUUACUUCUGCAGCAGACCAGCCGCUGGCUGCUUUCUGUUUGGGCGGCGCGGGGUCGCAUCAACCCCGCGGAUUACCCGUACGGGACACUGACGUUCCUGAACGGAGCUGAUAAGGUGUUAGCGGAUAAAUGCAGAUGGAGCUCCACGAAGGAAAUGGUGGACCCUGCCAACCUAGUGUACAUGUACAAAUGGUUGACGGCGUUCACUCUGAAGCAAACUGCGGAGAAAACCGAGCGUCUCAAGAAGGCGGGCAAGGAUGACUUCCAGACCAGGAACGAGACGCAGUCAUACAACGCGGUGGCGCUGUCCAUCGUUUAUGGAGAGAACGCCAUCCUCAAUCACUUCUACAAGACAGUGCUGGAGUUCGAAGACGCCAAGUGCAGGAACGUUCUGCUGAAACUCGUCUCUCUGUACGGCGCCUUCAUACUAGAGAAACAUCUGGCGACGUUGUACAUUGGUGGCUUCCUAUCCGGUUCGCAAGGCGUGUUACUCCGCGAAGGCAUCCUGGAGUUGUGUGCUGCCGUCUGCCCCGAGGCCGUGGCGCUGGCCGAUACAUUGGCGCCGCCCGACUUCUGUCUGAAGUCUGUGCUGGGACAGUCUGAUGGGGAGGCCUACAAACACAUCCAGAGCAGCGUGAUGACGUACCCUGAGUCAAUGAGCCGGCCCGCCUGGUGGCGUGACGUCAUCCACUGGCGCACCUACGUUCCCUCCAAACUGUAAAGUACUUUUUGCAUCAGAUAGCUGUUGAGCUGUCAACAUUUUUUACGGAAAAAGGACUAAGAUAAUAUGAUGUCACGCCUAAAAAGAAGUACAUAUUAUGUUGCAAAGUUCUAGAAUGGCCAGUCCACUCUAAUUACAGAACACCGUUCCUGUUAUUUCUUGCGCUUGAAAAGAAAAUAGUACAUAGUGUACUACGUUAUCAACAAUGUUUUCGAGGCUGUUUUAUUGUGUACUUUGUGGAGAAUAAGAUAAAUCAGGAUGUAUUGGUACUUACUAUACAUUUUAUGACGUACUCGAUAUUAAUUACCUACCGCGAUAAAAUCAUAUAGGCGUGGCGUAAAACGCUGCUAUUAUUUUGUAUAUUAAAAUCGAUCGAAUACUUUUCUUAAUUGAAAUAUAAAAAUGUUCCUUGUCAUCACAAUAAACAUUCCUAAUGUAUUGCCAGUAAUAUAAGAAUAUAACAAUUAUAAUAAAAAAUUAGUAAUAAGUAUUGUGGUGGAUGUUACUUUUACGUAUGACGUUUUCGAAUUAUCAAAACUGUUAACUAAAUAUUGAAUUUAUUAAUUUAAAUAAUUUAUUUAUUAUG